AGCGUUAAAUUUUUUUUGCGUUGCUUCGCUACCUUAAGAUAUCUGAUCAAAGUGCUAGGCUCCUGUGUGUUGCCUUCACUCACCGUCAUUUGUCAUCGUUCGAUUAAGAAAGCAAGUGCAAACAAUUACCAACAUGCCGCGGAAGUCGAACAAGCUCGCGACUAUCGCCGCCGCCGUCCUGGUGGACGGUUCGGGGGGGGGGGCGCUCGUCUCCGGGGCGAAGAACAAGAAAAGCGCCUCCACAACGCACCUGUGGGUUGGACGGGAAGACGUGGAGAGCAAUCUGAUGCAGGUUGAUGCGCAUGCUUCGAGACGUGGGAAAGCGACCAAGCGGGGGCCGUACCCGAACGCAGAAGAGGAAAAACAGUAUUAUGACGAUAUUAAGACAUAUACGUACAAGACAGGCGAUCUGAGCGCGUGUCCGAAGGAUUUUUGUCUCGGCUGCACGGGUAAUGAUCGCGUGCCCCAGACCAUUGAUUGCACCCCUGUCUGCCAGUAUGUGCAACACCAUACAAGGGACGACCCGGAAGAUUCACGGAUCUGGUACAAGUGCGCACCUCGUAAUCAUGCGUCUCCUGCUCCUCCUCGUCCUGACAAAAUUGUACGCAUGGACGAUAAUGAAGAUGCCCCCUUGUACCAAAAAAUAUUUCAUUCCUUGGGGAUGCGCUAGAGCUUGAGGAAGAUGAGAGACGCUUGUAGUCGUGUCCGCAAACAAUUUUCCACCGUGUGAUGAUUUCUGAGAAGGGGAAAUUCUGUGAACAAAGCUCUAAAACACGCCCGCGAUACGUAAGAAAAUGGAUGCAGCUUUUAUCUUCUCGAUUUGGCAGUUUUACGUAUAUAUUACUUUUUCCGCUUACACCAGAGACAACUAGAACAAAGGCCCAGCUCCACCCUCUCCCUUAACCUCAUAUCGAGCACAUUUAUACGUAUGAAUGCGCACUACCACGACCGCCACGCUGUCAUUAUAUAUUUUACAUCGCAUAAUUCCAAUUCAAAUUCAUCGCCAUCAUUCCGCACACUGAAACUCGUACUGUAGUGUAUGUAUCAAUCUAUGUUGUAAACCUGCCCGCAUCGUUGUCGCUCUUCUUCUUCGUUCUUGUUCAACCAACUCCCAGCAAGUUUUAUGAUUUCCACCGUCCAUUCCAAUGUUUUACAAUUUGAACAAUUUUAUAUCCCCAGUUGUUUGGAUGUACGUCAUGCCGCCAGCACAACUCCUUCUCCUAUGUUUAUGUUUUUCUUUUAGACCCUUCAGCAUCGGCAGCACUUUUCGUUUUCUUUGUUCUGAGGGAAGAACGUUUCUUGUUUAGUAUUGUGUGCGUGUGUUUCUGUUUGAUGUUAUCCCCAUCAGACUAGCAAGCGCGGCCUCAAUACCCCAACCCCAAGUUGCUCCAAGUCCUCCAUGAAAACCCAAACGCAUAAUCGUUAUCAUAUAUAAAAAUACACACAAAAACGCAAAAAAAUUACAUAUAGAAAAACACAAAAAAAUUGCCUCCUACCCAUACCCGCAGUGCCGUAACCCUUUGACAUCAAAAUAAAUCAAAAAGUGCAAAAACCAAAAAAAAAAAAAACUAAAAAGCGGUAGCUUAGCUACGAAAAACAACUCAAAAGACCAAAUCCGCUGACGCGAAUGAGCCAGCUGGACGGCGCGGAGAAUCUUCUUCAGUGGCUGGAAGGAGCAAUCCGAGUUCCGUGUUGUUCUUGUUGAAAGCCCCUAGUGCUUACCAGAACUACUCCGACCAAGUGGCGCAAUCGUCCGCCCCUCUCUUGCCCCGUCUUAUUGGCACGUCACGCAUCGUUCUAGACCGGCGCACAUUCAUCUUUACUAGGCAACAUGAUGUUGGUCGUGUAGAAGCCGAGUCCUCGUCGUGCUCAUGCUCUGUUUCCCUCGUCCUCGUAGUCGUGCUCUAUUCGUGUUUUCAUUCUCGUACGACGUCGUGUAAAUACGUAGACUUGAACAAGGAUCAGGAUGUAGUCUCGUCCCGCCAUUCAAGAUGUUUCACAUGGUCGUGCCGAUGGCUCGUGCUACGUACGAUCUGCCCUACAAGAAUAGCGGACAAAAAAGAAUAGAAGGAAGUAGCAUACAACGUACUAAAGUCUAUUUACCGUUCGCCGAUAGAAACAUUGCUUUGGUUAUUUGCUUCGUAACUUGGUUUUGGGUUCCUGGCUUACAUCUUUUCAUUUUCGACGAACCAACACAGCACAGUUCCUGAGGACCUUCUUGCCUAAGUGCACGACCAGCACCACGAAAGAGUCAUCAUCUUGAGUCGAAGAAAUAAUUCUUGUCUCUUCCGAACCCGAAGCAGCAGAAGACAGCGUUAAAUUUUUUUUGCUUUGCGUUUGCUUCGCUACUCUAAGAUCAAAGUGCUAGGCUGUGUGUUGUGUUGCCUUCACUCACCGUCAUUUGUCAUCGUUCGAUUAAGAAAGCAAGUGCAAACAAAUACCAACAUGCCGCGGAAGUCGAACAAGCUCGCGACUAUCGCCACCGCCGCCGCCGUCCUGGUGGACAGUUCGGGUAGAGGGGUGUUCGUCUCCGGGGCGAAGAACAAGAACGGCGGUCCCACGACGCACAUCUGGGUUGGACGGGAAGAUGUUGGGAGCAAUUUGAUGCAGGUGGACGCGUCGAACCGCAACCGUCGGAAAUCGACUUCAUUCGUCCCGCCGCUGAAAUGGUGUAAAAAAAGUGUUCGAUCCUACGCAAUCGGGCAGUGCAAGUGUCGUCUCGUAUCCUUGCGGCCUCGACGACGGUCUCCACUACCCUGAAAAUGGCCACACAGCCUGUUUAGUGGACAAAAACGGUAAAGGAGUCUGUGGAGACUGCCAUGGCAAGCAAAGUGAUCCCUGCGGCGAAGUUCACUGCGGCACUUGCACCAGGGAUUGUGCGGGCGCUGUCGUCCAAACUGUAAAAUGUGUUAAAUAAAUGGAUUGAGACAGUAGAACUAGGAAUCGCCCGUGGCCGUGGUCAAGUGGGGCGACAAGGGUUCUUUUUCUUGAGCAGUGCCCGUGCUGUCGUUACGUCGAGGUUAGUCCUCAUCUUGUGUUGUUUUGAACGCUAGCAAUCCAGAUUUUGAUACUUGCAAAUACUUACUUUCUUAGUACUACCCUCGCCUCGUGUGAGUGGACGCCAGAGAACUCGUCGCAACCGAUUUUGAUGUAGGGAAGAUUGCACCUUUUAAUCUAACUACUAAAAAAUCCUUUUCAUCGUUUCCAUCUCCAUUUCAAUUCUCCGACUAGCACAAAAAACGCUCGUGUACCUUCAUCUUCAACUGACGCUCGUGUACCUUCAUCUUUAUGAUCCCUCAGGCUAAGAGUACGAAUACGAUUAUUGCCAAAAACAAGUUUUCGAUUUCCCAGGAAAUAUUUUUACAUAGCAGGAAUUUCUUGAGUGGAUUCGCAAAGCCAAUAGCAACGCCAAUGCGUUUUCUUUUGCGCUCCAAUAUUUUGCCCCAUGCAUACUUAGAUACCCAGCAUUUACAUUUUCUUCUUUUGAACCCUCAAGCCCUAUUAAUAAUCCCCUUGUGCCCAUACUUCCAUUCAACCUAUCGUCUCCCCCUGUAGUCACGGCAUGUUGCAGCUCCUCCUGUAGUCACGUCAUUUGAGGGGCAGUCGCACACGUAGUCCGUCAAAAAAGAAGCGCUGAACCAAUAGCCAAAUCGAAAAUUUCUACGUAAGUGGCACCGGCACGAAUGGAGCGUUGUUCUUUC